GGCGAGCGUCGAGCUCGCAGCCGCCCUUAACACGUCCCGCCGCCAGCGUGGCCUCUCGUCGUAGGCUGCAGGCUCCGGACCGUGGUGCCUGCGGGAUGGCCGGGCAGCCGGCGCUGCAAAAGCCGUACAGGCGUUCAUCCCCGGGCUGGAAAGAGGGUUAGCCUCCGUCUUACACGGAGGAUGCGGAAGGCACGGCCAUGGAAAAGAAACCGCAUUUCGUUAGGAGGGAGUUUCUUCCCAGAGAGGUGCCAUCCGUCUCACUGGCGUUGCUGCUUGCGGCCGUCCUGCUCCUUAAUGCCCUUCUCUACCUGUACCUCAGCAAGUUUUACAUCUCUCUGGGACGUGUCGAAACGGACCACGGCCUCUGCCCUUUUGGGCAUUUCAAAUUCGGAGCGGUGAAGAAUUGUUCCCCGUGGCUUUCCUGCGAGGCCAUAAAUAGGGAAGUCAGGAAACUCAAGUGUGUUGGUGAAGGUGCUGUGAAAAAGGUGUUCCUUUCUGAGUGGAAGGAAAAGAAGGUGGUCCUUUCACAGCUCACCAACUCAGAGCUGAAGGAGGACUUUCUCCAUGGACUGAAGAUGCUGAAGGCCCUUCAGAGCAAGCAUGUUGUCCGGCUGCUUGGCUACUGUGAGCAGCAGUUCACAAUCCUCACCGAGUACCAUCCUCUUGGUUCACUGAGAGGCCUGAAUGAAACUCUCCACAUUCCUAAAUACAAGAGCAUGAACACCUGGCAUCGCAGGCUGAUGCUUGCUAUAGAGUACGUGAGUGUCAUUCGGUACCUGCACAGCAGCCCCCUGGGCACCUUAGUGAUGUGCGACUCGAAUGACCUGGACAAGGUUCUCUCCCAGUAUCUCCUAACAAGUGACUUUCAUGUUCUGGUUAAUGAUUUGGACGCUCUGCCUCUUGUGAACAGGAGUGCUGGCAGGCUGGUGAAGUGUGGUCACAGGGAGCUCCAGGGUGAGUUUGUAGCUCCUGAGCAGCGUUGGCCCUAUGGAGAAGAUGUGCCAUUUGAAGAUGACCUCAUGCCUCCCUAUGAUGAGAAAACAGACAUCUGGAAAAUCCCAGAUGUCUCCAAUUUUUUCUUGGGCCACGUUGAAGGAAGUGACAUUGUACGACUGCAUCUGUUUGACAUCCAUGCAGCAUGUAAGAAGAAGGACCCGGCAGAACGGCCCUCUGCCCAAGAGGUCUUAGACACCUACAAGAAAGUUUUAACUCUGCUUAUUCAGGAGGCAGCUAUGCCUGGUACUAGAGAAAUGUUAUAGUGAAUCACAAGGCAAACAACAUACUGAUGUUUUAAAUUGAUGUCCUUCCUAUUUAUGUAGCUUGCUUGAUGGACAAAACCUCUGUCUCCAAAACAGAAGAAAAGAACAACUGAACUUGUACCUCUUGAUUAAAAAAAAACAAAAAACAAUCAAAGAGCUAUCAAGCUUUCCAUUGGCAUGUUUAAUCUACCAUUGGAAGAGGAGGAGGGAGAGAAAUGAAGUUGUGUGGGAGCAGGGGAAAUUUGUUCCUUAAGAAAUGAUAAAUUUUCACUUGCAACAAAAUUUUACACAAAUUUACACAAAAAAAUCUUAAAAAUUACAGAAAACUGGCUAAAAAAAUAUUAGUAUACCUUAACUUGUCAGCAGAGUACUGGACAGCAGAGACCAUAGCAUGCCCCCCACAAGCUUUGUGCUGAUUGCUGUGGCUUUGGCCUAUGUUCUAUCCACAAAACCCUCAUCUACUUUCCCAUGUAGUAAAAGCAGUGGUCACUUAGAAAGGAGUACCCCAUUUCACUUCAGAUUUUGGUGAGCCCCAGUGCCAGAGCUGCAGUGGCAGUCUCUCCCUGCUGGCUGGGGCAUAGGUUGUUUUUGGAGCCAUAAUGGCAAUUGCUCUAUGUGAGCCCUUAGUGAGUGUGUGGCCACUUUUGGAAGCAAGAAGAUGAUGCAGAUUCUGAAGAGUCUGCUUACAUCACAGGUUCUUGGUUUUCAGGCCUUUGUCCAGUGGGGUUUUCAGAUGGGCUCUUUAGAGAUGAAGCUGUCGAAUGCAAGUCUCUUGUUCCUCUGUAAUCCACAGAAAGGCUGAACACUUUGGAAGAGAGCUGAGGUGUGUCUUUUUUUUCAUUCACUUAUCCUUGCUUAGUGUUAUCAUGAUUUGAUGGAAAGAAGGAUAACAAGGAACUGAAAGAGAAUAUGACU